UCCGAAACCCUAGUGUUUAGUUACCCAAACUCCAAACCGUACACACAUUUUACCUCCAUACCUGUUUUUUAUAUUUAUUUAUUGUUUUCGAACAUUUCUAUAAAUACAUUAUAUAAUUAUCGUAUACUCACGUACCACUGUCGCAGUGUGAUACCUGUUGUACACCGCGACUACUACGCACGACGCCACUCUUCGCCGUCUCCGUCACGAACGACGACCCAUAUCACAACUACCUGUUGUACCUCUACAUAAUAUAAUAUUUAUUAUAUUUUCCAACGUUCCAGUUCCGGUUGUGUAUUUUUCUCGCCGACCUUUUAUCUGCAAGUGCCGCAGCGAACGCCAAAAAAUAUAAAUACAAAAUGGUUUCCGUACAAAGGGUGUUGAUCGUGCUGUGCGUCGUGCUGUGCCACCUGAUGAUCGCGUCAGCUCAAUUCGAAUUCAGCGACUUCCUGUCCAAUGUCGAACAACAGUCCGGCAACCGAGACCCUAGGGAAAACCGAGGUCCAGUUCUGUUCCCUGCCACACAACCCGGUUCCGAGACCAGCGGCGUGGUAGUAGGAGCUUCGGGAUUCGGAUUCGUUCCCCCCGGCGGUAACAACAAACAACCACAAGGCCAAAAUAUCUUCAGCUUCUGGUGAUGAUGACGAGAUCCGAUAACGAAACACAAUAUGCAAGUCGAUUGAAUUUCCUAAGCGUUUCGCCAGGCAAUGGAUAGCAAAUAUAUACUUGUCAAUGCGAGAUCUCCUCUACAAUAUAAUAAUAUUAAUAGCACAAAUUAAUAAUAAUAAUAAUUAUAUACUAUACGCACUACAUUAUACAUUAUAUCUGUACACACAUCGAUGUAAAACGACAAAUUCAUAAAUAAUACAAUAUAGGUAUACAAAUAUAUAUAUAAAUAUAUAUAUCAGUAUACGUAUAUAUACGAGCGGCAAUAAUAUCGUGUGCACGAUUUUAUAUACAUCAAAUGCACGCCUUGUAUUAUCUGAAUUUGUACAGGUAUAUAAUAUUAUAUAGGUAUACUCUAGGAGUUUUCUUAAUUUAUUUUAUUACUAUUGUACAUAAUUUACAAGUCUCUAUUAUGUCUAAUAAUUUAUUUCAUAGCGUAUAUAUUAUACACAUUACAUAUAAUUAUACAGCCGUCUUAGGUUAGUUACCAAUUAUUAUUAAAAAUAUAUUAUACUAUAUAUUUAUCAUAUUAUUAUUGUAUUCUAUAUAGGUAUUGUAAUUUUAAGUGUAAAACAAUAGGUAUGUAUUUGUGGUUACCGUGUUUACGCGUAUCCGACUACAUAGUAUAUACCUACCUAUAAAUAUUGUACAAUUUUGCAGUUGUAUGCAUACAACAACAAAAAAAUCGUAAAACAACGAAACAUGAUUUUAUUGCAAUAAAGUUACUACUAUUUAUUAUUA